GAGCACGAUGCUGAGCUGGAGGUGGGAGCUCUGGGGAGUGGUGUCUCCGUGACUGGCAGCUGGUUCUUAUCUGGGUCCUCCCAGUCAAGCUAGGCAGCUGCCGAACAGACGGAGCCCGAGCAAGCCCUGGACAGGUGCUGCAGUGCAGUAAAUGUAAUUUGAAGAAGGCAAGAAGGAACCAAUGGCUUUAGCUGGCUGCCCAGAUUCCUUUUUGCACCAUCCGUACUACCAGGAGCAGGUGGAGCAGACGCCUCCUCGCGGUCCUCGAGAUCUGGCAGGGCCUGGCUUCCCGGCACAGUCUGACCGGCUCGCGAAUCACCAAGAGGAUGAUGUGGACCUGGAAGCCCUGGUGAGCGACAUGAAUGCGUCCUUGGAGAGUGUGUACCCGGCCUGUAGCAUGCAGUCAGAGACGGUGCCCCUCCUUCAGAACGGCCAGCACACCCGCAGCCAGCCACCCUCAGGAAUAAGGUCCCUCCAGCCACAGGUGUCCCUGCGGCAGAAGGUGCAGCGCUCCCAGCCCGUGCACAUCCUCGCUGUCAGGCGCCUGCAGGAGGAAGACCAGCAGUUGAGAACCUCGUCUCUGCCGGCCAUCCCCAACCCUUUCCCCGAGCUCUGCGGCCCGGGGAGCCCCCCUGUGCUCACACCGGGCUCCUUACCUCCGAGCCAGGCCACUGUGAAGCAGGAUGUUAAAGUCUUUAGUGAAGACGGGACGAGCAAAGUGGUGGAGAUUCUAGCAGACAUGACGGCCAGGGACCUGUGCCAGUUGCUGGUUUACAGAAGUCACUGUGUGGAUGACAACAGCUGGACACUAGUGGAGCACCACCCGCACCUGGGAUUAGAAAGGUGCUUGGAGGACCAUGAGCUGGUGGUCCGGGUGGAGAGCACCAUGGCAAGUGAAAGUAAAUUUUUAUUCAGGAAGAAUUAUGCAAAAUAUGAGUUUUUCAAAAAUCCAGUGAAUUUCUUCCCAGAGCAGAUGGUGACUUGGUGUCAGCAGUCCAACGGCGGUCAGACCCAGCUUUUGCAGAAUUUUUUAAACUCCAGUAGUUGUCCUGAAAUUCAAGGGUUUUUGCACGUGAAAGAGCUGGGAAGGAAAUCGUGGAAAAAGCUGUAUGUGUGUUUGCGGAGAUCAGGCCUUUAUUGCUCCACAAAGGGAGUUUCCAAGGAGCCCAGACACCUGCAGUUGCUCGCUGACCUGGAGGACAGCAGCGUCUUCUCCCUGAUUGCCGGCAAGAAGCAGUAUAGCGCCCCCACUGACUAUGGCUUCUGCAUAAAGCCAAACAGAGUCCGGAACGAAGCUAAAGGGCUGCGGCUGCUGUGCGCCGAGGAGGAGCAGAGCAGGACCUGCUGGAUGACGGCCUUCAGGCUCCUCAAGUAUGGAAUGCUCCUUUACCAGAACUACAGAAUCCCUCAGCAGAGGAAAGCCUUGCUCUCCCCCUUCUCGACUCCAGUGCGCAGUGUCUCUGAGAACUCCCUCGUGGCGAUGGAUUUUUCUGGGCAGACGGGAAGAGUGAUCGAGAAUCCAGCGGAAGCCCAAAGCGCAGCCCUGGAAGAAGGCCAUGCCUGGAGGAAGCGAAGCACGCGGAUGAAUAUCCUAGGUAGCCAAAGUCCCCUCCACCCUUCUACCCUAAGUACAGUGAUUCAUAGGACGCAGCACUGGUUUCACGGCAGGAUCUCCAGGGAGGAGUCGCACAGGAUCAUUAAACAGCAAGGGCUGGUGGAUGGGCUUUUUCUGCUCCGUGACAGCCAGAGUAAUCCAAAGGCAUUUGUACUUACACUGUGUCAUCACCAGAAAAUUAAAAAUUUCCAGAUCUUACCUUGCGAGGAUGACGGGCAGAUGUUCUUCAGCCUUGACGACGGGAACACCAAAUUUUCUGACCUGAUCCAGCUUGUUGACUUUUACCAGCUAAACAAAGGAGUCCUGCCUUGCAAACUCAAGCACCACUGUAUCCGAGUGGCCUUAUGACCUCAGAUUUACUCUUAGCUGAAGACUGGAGGAAGCUGACACUGGAAUGAAGAGGUCUGUGCAUUGAGAACACACAUCUGUUCUGCACCUUGGGACUCAGAGUGAGAUCAGUUAGGUCAGUGCCGACCGACCAAGGUGGACUAGUUUGUUGGACCUAAUGAUGAUUUGCUGCUGCGGAUCCAGCAGGAUCGCCUUCCUCUGCGCUGGCCAAAUCAGGGAGGGCACGAGAGAGCGAGCACAAAUUUGAGAAUAAACUGGAAUGAUCGGCUUGGCUGGGCCAUGUAGGAACGAGAGCUGGAGAGAAGUAAUUGGAAAUGAACUCUUGCCCUGGAAUAAUCUUGACAAUUAAAACUGAUAUGUUUAC